GCAAAAUACUUCUGGAGAAAGGGAACUGAGCCACACUCAUUAUUCUCACUCCCACACCAACGAGGAGCAACAAACAUCCUGAAAACAACGGUUUCUAAGUGCAGAAUGUGAGACAGCCGCCCUGGUUCAGCGAUAUAAGAAGACUUCACCAGUGUAGGAAAUUCUGAUGUCAGCAACCAGAAAUGGCAUCUGGCAGCAGUCUCUUCUCUGAGGACCAGUUUCUGUGUCCCAUCUGCCUGGAUGUCUUCACUCGCCCAGUUUCCACUCCAUGUGGACACAACUUCUGCAUGUUGUGUAUUGAAACCUACUGGAAAGAUGCGCAAGUCUGUCGGUGUCCUGUCUGUAAUCACGCUUUUGAAAGAAGACCGGAUCUCAAGGUCAACACUUUCAUUUCAGAGCUCGCGUCAAACGUCUUGUCACUUAAAGCUAAAGAUUUUGACACCUGGAGUGCUCAUUCACUGCAGGCCAGCCCUGGAGCUGGGGUGCUAUGUGGCAUCUGUACCGACACGCCGCAAGAAGCAAUUAAAUCAUGUGUGGAGUGUCAGACUUCAUACUGCGACGUUCAUCUGGCGCCUCAUCACCUUGCCCCUGGACUGAAGAAGCACACGCUGAUUGAACCUGUGGCGAGCCUGGAGGGGCGGAUCUGUGAGGAACAUAACAAGCUGCUGAUGUGGUUCUGCAGAGACGACAGCGCUCUGCUGUGUGACGUCUGCUCCAGCUCCCGCCACAAGGAGCACUCUGUUGUUCCUGUGGAGCGGGCGUACGACGAGAAGAAGAACCUGCUGGAGCACACUGAGGGUAAAGUGCAGCGGAUGAUCCAGGAAAGGCUCCAGAACGUUGUGAAAGUGAAGGAAUCAGUAAAGCUAAGCAAGACAGAAACUGAAAAGGUGACUGCCAGCGGCGUGCAGGACCUAACAGACCUGGUGUCUGAGAUUCAGAAGAGUCAGACAGAGCUCAUCGCGGUCAUCGAGGAGAAGCAAAAAACUGUAGAACAAGAAGCAGGAGGGGUAAUUAGUGAUAUGGAGAAGGAGAUCACAGAGCUGCAGGUGACAAGUGUGAAGCUGAUUGAGCUAAAGCAGACUAAAGAUCAGCUCCAUUUUCUCCGGCACUACCCAAGCUCCUCUGUCCUGCCUCAAACAAUGGAUCCUUCCCAUCUCAGCUUUAACCGACACCUGGAGAUACAACACAUAGGCGAAUCUUUGAAAAACUCCGUCUCCCAGCUGCGAACAACGCUCAACAAAAUGAACACAGACAUACAAAAACUGUGCGACAGAUCAGACGUGUCAAAUAAAGCCACGCUCAGAUAUAUGCAGCAGUACGAGGUGAACGUCUUGCUGGAUCCGGACACGGCUCAUCCUCUGCUCAUGAUAUCGGACGACUUGAAACAAGUAAGAUACAGCAUGCGCUCAGGAUGGUUGGCAAACCAAAUCUCGAACCCAAGCAUGUUCACUGAGCAUCUUGCAGUUCUGGGAAACAGAAGCUUCUCAUCCCGCAAGUUUUACUUCGAGGUUUACGUGGGUCAGAAGACCGAGUGGUGUCUGGGCAUGGCUGCUGCGUCGGUCCAGAGGAGAGGGUCACUCAGUCGGGAUUUGCGUAGUGGGCUGUGGGCCAUGUGGUUCCUGGAAAAUAAGUUUGAAACCUUCAACUCUCCGGAUGAGCCGGUACACUUUGGGAAAGUGGAGCGGAUCGGGGUUUUUGUGGAUUACGACCGAGGUCAAAUAUCAUUUUGGGACACGGAGGCUGCAACGCUUAUUUACUCUUUCACUGAGUGUUUCUUUACCGAGGAGCUCUAUCCGUACUUUAAUCCCUGUGACAAUGAAUUUGGCUCCAAUUUAGAUCCCAUGAUAAUAGUUCCUGUUGGUGAAAGCGAGUCAGCGGGGCUUCAGAGACUCACCCUUUGAAUCAAAUAUUUUAUUCUGUUUGAGUCUUUGUGGGAUAAAAGCCAAGUGCCUUACAUUUAAAGACAUAUAUCCAAUAUGAAGGACGUUUUGGAUAUUUAAUGUCUUUAUCAGAUAUUUAUCAGUGAGAUAAUGUGAAUAUGUGAGGUUUUCUUGCUAAAUUUGCUAAUCGCCUAUCCAAGUACAGAUUUUUUUCAGUUUUGUUUGGUUUCUUUUUGCUAUUAAUUAGCUAGAGAAAAAUAGAUCAACAAUUCUAACGUGUUUCAGCUCCUCGUCAAACUGACACAACAUUUGGGCGUUUUUCUCUCGUUUGAAAAUGUUCAGGUACAAGGAUGGGACUGAAAAUGAUGGAAAAAUCUUCCAGAAAGCCUGAAGAACUAUU